AUGCAUAUCCUUACUCAGCCAUUUCUGAGAGGGCCAACUGAUCCAUCAAUACUAAGAAGUUUUAAAAGUCAUGUUGCCGCAACUAUUUGGAUUGGUACUGAUGAAAGGGAACCCUUGAAGUGUCAUAAUCACUCGUCUAAGAUUCAUUCGUGGCCGUGGUCGGAACAAGGCAACAACACUACAUUUGUAAACAUUGUGAAGAUGUCAGGACUUGUACAGUUAGCUCGUUGCACAUUCCGCUUUGUCAACAAAAUUAUAGUGUCUAGUUUUGUUGAGGGAUGGCAACCAGAGACAAACACCUUCCAUUUGACUGUUGGAGAGAUGACUAUCACAUUGGACCAUAUUGGCACUAUCCUAGUGUCACGCCCCGACAAUUUAUGUGACACAAGGAGCAGCGUGGGCGAUAUGCUGAAGGCGCUGGAAGGUUCCAGAAUGAGGGAGACCAACCUAGAGUAUGCUGGAAGACUCUAG